AGCUCUGCUUCCCGGAGGCUCCGGGGGCUGCCCGGGACCGGCAUCGUGUGCGGAGGAGCCCCGCGGCAAUCGUCCCCCCGGGGACCCCUCGGGCAUGGCGCAGGCCGGGGGCCCGGGCCCGCUGGCGGAGGACGGCGAGGGCGAGAGGCCCAAGUGGGACAACAAGGCCCAGUACCUGCUCAGCUGCAUUGGGUUUGCCGUGGGGCUGGGGAACAUAUGGAGGUUUCCGUACCUGUGCCAGACCCACGGGGGAGGGGCCUUCCUCAUCCCCUACCUUGUCGCUCUGGCUUUUGAGGGGAUCCCGCUCUUCCACAUCGAGCUCGCCAUCGGCCAGCGCUUGCGAAGGGGCAGCAUUGGGGUGUGGAGAGCCAUCUCCCCCUAUCUUAGUGGAAUAGGCUUCGGCUGUUUCACCGUGUCCUUCGUGGUCAGCCUGUACUACAACACCGUCCUCACGUGGGUCCUGUGGUUCUUCCUCAACUCCUUCCAACACCCCCUGCCCUGGAGUACCUGUCCCCUGGACCUCAACACCACAGGGUUUGUGCAGGAGUGCCAGGCCAGCAGCACCGUGAACUACUUCUGGUACCGGCAGACGCUGAACAUCACAGCUGACAUCAGCCACGGUGGCGUCAUCCAGUGGCGUCUGCUCCUCUGCCUGGUCACCUGCUGGGCGGUUGUGUACCUGUGUGUCAUCCGGGGCAUCGAGAGCACGGGGAAGGCCAUCUACUUCACCGCCUCCUUCCCCUACCUGGUCCUGACCAUCUUCCUCAUCCGGGGCCUGACCCUGCCCGGGGCAGCGGAGGGCCUGACCUACCUGUUCACUCCCAAGAUGCGAACUCUUCAGAAUCCCCGGGUGUGGCUAGACGCAGCCACCCAGAUUUUCUUCUCUCUUUCACUGGCCUUUGGAGGUCACAUUGCUUUCGCAAGCUACAACCCACCCAGGAACAAUUGUGAAAAGGACGCUGUGGUCAUCAGCCUGGUCAACAGCUUGACGUCCCUGUAUGCGUCCAUCACCAUCUUCUCCAUCAUGGGGUUCAAGGCGACCAAUGAUUACAGGAGGUGCCUGGACAGCAACAUCCUCAGCCUCAUCAAUGAGUUUGAUUUCCCAGAGCAGAGCAUCUCCAGGGAUGACUACGUGACUGCGCUCAAGCACCUGAAUGCCACCUGUCCCGAGAGAGUGGCUCGGCUCUCCCUGAAGGCCUGCCACCUGGAAGACUUCCUGGAUAAGAGCGCCUCGGGCCCCGGCCUCGCCUUCCUCGUCUUCACGGAGGCCGUCCUGCACAUGCCGGGGGCCUCCGCCUGGGCCGUGCUCUUCUUCGGGAUGCUCUUCACCCUGGGCCUGUCCUCCAUGUUCGGGAACAUGGAGGGGAUCAUCACGCCGCUCCUGGACAUGGGCGUCUUGCCCAGAGGCCUCCCGAAGGACGUCCUGACUGGGCUGGUCUGCCUGCUCUGCCUGCUCUGCUCCACCUGCUUCACCCUGCAGUCGGGAAGCUACUGGCUCGAGAUCUUUGACAGUUUUGUGGCGUCUCUGAACCUGCUUAUCUUUGCGUUCUGCGAGGUGGUUGGAGUCAUCUACGUCUAUGGAAUGAAGCGGUUCUGCGAUGACAUCGAGUGGAUGACGGGCCGGCGGCCCAACCUCUACUGGCGGGUGACAUGGCGGGUGGUGAGCCCCGUCCUGCUGCUCGGCAUCUUCCUGUCCUGCGUCAUCCUCCUGGCCCAAAGGCCGCCCAGCUACAAGGCCUGGAACCCCCACUACGGGCAGUUCCCCUUGCGGGAGGAGAAGUUGUACCCGGGCUGGGUGCAGGUCACCUGUGUGCUCCUGUCCUUCCUGCCUGUGAUGUGGGUCCCAGCCAUUGCGCUGGUCCAGCUGCUGGCCCGGUGCAGACAGAGGAGGAAGAGCACUGGGCCAGACCGAAGUCUGAAGCUGUGAAAUGGCGAGGCCGGCUGGGGCACCAGGCUGGGCAGAGGGCUGGGAGGGGCUCCUGGCCUGUGGCUGUUCAGAUCAUUACACGUUCCCCACCACUGAUGCCU